GGGGAAGGAGGAGGAGAUAGAUAGAUGGCUCAGUGCUGAAUGGGGACAGUAGGGAAUGCCCAGUAAAUGCAGCUGCCGAUAACAGCAGCGCUGAAAUCAGAAGCACACGCAGCGGAGAAAAGAAGGAAAGGAAGGAGAGGAGAAAAGAAAAGUGCAACAGCACUGAGAGGGCUGAGACUCGCAGAUACAGAAAGCAAGAUUGUGCCGGCUCAGCACAGCUCAGAUAAGAAGAGUGCUAGGAGGAGGUGUAGAAGUUAUGGAAACGCUGACACACACUCACUGGACACAGGUUGGCUUCUGGGCUUCAUAGCAAGUGAUGAGCGAGUGAGUGUGAACCCACGCUGAUCUCUUUCCAUAAGACUUUCGUUCCUGAUUGGUGUGUGUAAGAAACACUCUUUUGGGAGUCUCUCUUUCAGGAGACACUUUUUAGAGUUUCUUGCCUGGUUAUUCUGAGAGACAUGGUAGAGUAUGAUCUAGCUAGGAAAGAUUCAGCCCCAGAGUAUGGAGAAGUCAAGUAGUGAGGAGUCCGCUAUCCACCGUAGCCCGUCUGUGGACAGUUGCGAUUCGGAGUUUGCCCGUGCGUCCAGCUCAGGUCGUCCGUUCGGAGGACGAGGCUUCACUGCUGGAGCUUUCUACGGCUCCACGGGGCGCAAACAGAGUGGCACAGACAACAAGGACAGCAACAAACCGAUCACUUCCAAAAGCAGCAAAUACGUGGUCUUUUACCUGGAUCUAUCCUUUGUGUUCCUUUUAGAAUUCAAGAAGUGCAACAUGGCUAGUGGCUUCCUGUGCUGCUUGAAAUACACAAUGUUCUUCUUCAACCUCAUCUUCUGGUUGUGUGGCUGUGGACUGUUGGGCGUAGGGAUCUGGUUGGCAGUGUCUCAAGGCAGCUUUGCCACCUUCUCCCCUUCCUUCCCCUCCCUCUCUGCUGCCAACCUUGUCAUCGCUAUCGGCGCCAUUGUCAUGGUGACCGGCUUCCUUGGUUGUCUAGGUGCCAUCAAGGAAAACAAGUGCCUGCUCCUGAGUUUCUUCAUUGUCUUGCUGAUUAUUUUGCUGGCCGAGCUGAUUUUGAUCAUCCUUUUCUUCACAUUCUCUGAUAAGGUCAGUGAGAAUGCCAAGCAGGAUCUGAAAGAUGGCCUGUCUCUAUACUACUCAGAAAAUAACGUUGGACUGAAGAACGCUUGGAAUAUCAUCCAAGCUGAGUGGAAGUGCUGUGGUGUGACUGGGUUUACAGACUGGCACGAGGCUCUGAAAGAGAAGGUGGUCCCUGACCGCUGCUGCCAGGAACACUAUCAGGACUGCGGCCGCAACGUCACCAACGAGUUCUGGAAGCGGGGUUGCUUUGAGAAGGUGGAGGAGUGGCUGGAUGAUAACAAGCACCUGCUCGGCACUAUUGCCAUGUGUAUAUUGGUUGUCCAGCUCCUGGGUAUGGCCUUUUCCAUGACGUUGUUUCAUCAGAUCCACAGAACAGGGAAGAAGUACAACGCCUAGCCAGGCUGCAGUACAGUCAGAGGAUUAUAGAACUGAUUCUGGAGGAAAAGCUCCCUUACAUCUCCUACAUCUCCUAACCUUAUCUCCUGUUCUCCACAAACGACUCUGUACAGACAUCAGCCAUGCGUCCCUUUUCUUCUUUUUUCUCUUCUCUCUCAUGACACCACUCAUCUGCCAAAGAGUAAGAGAGACAGAGAGGAAAGAAUUCUUUGGACAAGAAGCACUGUACUGGCUGUUUCCCUGUCCCUACUCCUUUAGAACCUUUUUAUUAUAUAUGCUUGGAUUAACAGCAUUGCUCUACUAAUGUAUAAUUCCCAUUCUGCAAGGAAAGGAGAAGACCUAGAAGACUAACCAUGCCAUCUUUGGGUGGUGUGCUUUUUAAAUGUUAUUCAAAUUAGUCAAAUUCCCUCGACAAUGAAACUGACUAAAGGUUCCAUCCUGGCCUCAGGUUUUCAGUGGAAACCGCUGUCAUUUCAAUGGACGACUUUCUUUUGUGUUGUUCUGUUUUUUUUUUUUUUCUCUUUUUGUACCCCAGUACAGUUUAAUUCUCAUCUUUAUGCGUCAGAGGAGUGAAGCGUAUCCUGAGUUAGUAGGACUCUGGGUUGCUGUGGAAGGGCUUGGUGUGUUCGCACUACUCAUAAGCACAGAUUUAUACUGAACGAUUCAAAUAAGCGGAUUCAAGCAAGUUGGAAAAUUCAAGUGGGGUUCGAGAGUUACACUGAGAUGUCAGACAACUGCAGAUGUUUCACCUUUUUCGCCUAUGUUCGAAUAUCCUGUUACACAGUAAUAAUGCACUGUCUAAACACAGAUAAACAUGAAUCUGUUUAAUAUUUUCACAUUAAUGUCUUGGAGCCAGCGCUGUACAUUCAUUUCUAGUUGUAAUAGUGAAAAAAUCCACCUACCACCUGACGUUUGUGUCAUCUUUCAAACGGUUACUCCACAUUCAGAGCCAUGAAAAGCAUGCAAAGAGGCACGUUAACUAAAGCUUAGAAAGCAGCCUCUCUGCACCAAUGAUAAUUACAGGACAAGGGUCAUGCAUUCUUUGUUUUUGUAUACUUGAGCACUUCAUCCAAUGUUUUUUCCUCAUUUCCAUCAUCUAUUCAUUUUUCCACACAAGCAUUUUCAAGGCUAGGAUGUGCCACAGAGGUCAUAGUAGUUUCUAUUUCAGCUGACAUUCCUGUUAGAUGAGCUGGUUUUGUAUUCGUAACUUCACUUCAAAUGCAGCUCAAGCAACUAAAUCUGUUCUGUCAUCCCUUCCUUCUUCGGGAGAGCAAAAGAUCAAAGACAGCACUUUUAGCUUAAGGUAUUGUGGGGUUUAAUUGCUGUCCAGAAGACCAUCAAUUAUUUUGCCCAGACUGCAAUUGUUGUCUGACAUUCUGGCUAAAAAGAGGGUCAUCAGCCAUCUUUUUUUUUUUUUUUUUUAAUCCAACUCAGGACUCAGAUAGUAUACCAUUCUGCUAAAGUGUUGGAAAAGUGCAGGUUGUGCUGAUAAGAAAAUAAAUAAAUAAACACCACUCAUCUAAUUGGGCAUCAGUUGAGAAAUAGUACUGCUGUUUACUAUAGUUUGGGAAAAUUGGUUUAAUACAAUCAGGGACCAGAGGUGGUCAGCAGUUCAGGUUUUCAUCCUAGAUAUGCAGAAGAAUGGACAAAAUUGGUAUUCUGUUUGGGAUGAGUUAUAGAACCGCUGUCACUAUGCAUUGCUGCUAUGUGAGAUGUUGUUUGAGGUUCUUAAGAGGAUAAGGACGUGAGGAGAAAGAAUAAGUAUUGCUAAGAAACAGUGCAGACUCUAAAAUAAUAACUCCUGUUUGCUAACGCCUAGCGGAUAUUGGGACGGAUUGGGAUUGGUGCUGAAAUGCAGCUGAAUCGCUGCGGACUUAAAGCCGCACUAACACAGAGCUGCAUGGCACAAGGUUCCUUUAGCCUCAAGUCACAGUUUUAUAAAAAAAAAAUAUAUAUUACUUGUUUUUUAUGCUUCAUAAUAAAAAGUGUUAACAUGCUCAGUGUUUUACAUGGUGGAUUGUUGGUUUGAGAAGGAGUUAGUGCAUAUAUCAGCUCUUGCUGUAAUUUUACCUCCACAAUAGCGAACAUGUUGUUAUCAUAAACACAAACAAGACUGCAGUCCCAAAAGUCACUUGUAAUGGGAUAUGACAUCACACAAAAAUGAAGUUAACAUUGUGGCCACAAGAGGUUUGAAUUUUUGAAAUCUUGAAUUAAUCCUUUACUGCCAUCCCACAGUGUUUUCCUCCAUAUCAUCUCAGUUAUAACUAUGAAAUAUGAUGCAUGUGUUUCAUGACCUUGAUGUUGCUUAUCUUGAUUUUUGAUUUGCUUUAAAGUAUAAGAAAAGCUUUCUGUAAUAUCUAACUGCACAAGGGGAAACAAAAGGUGUUACUUUAAAGCAAAGGCUAACUCAUUUUUUGCAUUUUUCUUUUUUUUUGUAUAUUGGUUGUCAUGUCUGUCUGUUUUUAUUCCAUAUUCGGUUUUCAUUGAUGUAUUCUGUCCUGUAUUAGUUUUCUUUAACUCAGAGUUCAGCACUAUGUGAAGAAAAUUGGCAUAUUUGAAUUUUGAAAAGGUGUCAGUUUUAUUGCCUUAAUGUCAGAUCUGUAGUAUGAAUGAACUUUUUUUGGGCUUUCAUGUUGGCGCAUGUUUAUGAUGGCCUAAUACUGGUCGCAUAUACAAAAAGUGUUGACAGAUGACUAUAUUUAAAAUGUUGGCAUUUAUGAGUGUACAAUAUGAUUUGAAGCCAAUGUAAUCUUUUCUAAACAAUGUCUCUUUACUGAGCUGUUCUUCACACUGUGCUAAGCUCAAAAUGUAGUUACGUAGUUCAUCAUCUGAUCUCAUUCUGAUUAAUAAUGUUAGACACCCAGAGACAUACUACACAAAAAAGUUUGGCUUUUCUGAUUGUACAUUUUAUUUAAUCAUUUUCUCAAAUGCCAAUGAAAUUAAUUUUAUAUAUAUUUCUCAGCUGUUUUAUUUCUAUUAGCUUUUUUUACAUUAACAUUAGGUAACCGUUUUGUCCAUGUUGCUGUUUGUUUCCAUAUUUGAGAAAAAGCAUUAUAUCAAUAGUUCUAAGUAAUCGUUAUGUAACUUAUCCACAUGUUCCACUCUUUCUUUGAAGCACUGCCAGUAAAUGACAAAUUUGGUUAGAAAUACAGGAUUUGGAUAACUCGUUUCCGCCAUAUCUAUAUUUUUAUAUUAAUGUCCUGACCCAGCACUAGGCUAUGUAUCAGAGUUGAGGUUUAAGCUCCUGAAUGAGGUGUUUAAUGUCAUGGUGUCUUGGCACUUCUAAUUUCAUGCCAACCCAAUUUUGUCCUGUGGAGUUUUUGCUACAUGUAAAGCACUAUAAAUAUCUGUUAGGUGGUGCACUAAAUGUCAUUCUUUAAAUCCUAGUAUUUUUUAAAUAAAGGAGAGUGUUGCAAAA